AUGCUCAUGGCGGCCAACCCAGCUGUGGUGCUGCGUCUUGUUAUAAAAUCACCAUUACCACUCUCCGGGCAGGAGGACCACCGUGCUCCUGGAACAGCAGCUCUGGAGGCCCCUCAGCCCACAUCUUCUCGCCGACUCCCCCUCCUCACGGCUGCGUGCCACCUACACUUGACCAGGGGCUCUCAGAGCGUCCUGCGCGGCUGCCAGUGCCCCCCACGCUGGCACGCGCCCCUGACGGAGGCGGCAGACUUUAAAGCCAUUCCAAGCACAGCCCCAGUGUUUUCCAGGUUCCUGCAGAUGUGCCCGGCACACAAGUGCACCCCGCCUCCUCCAUCACACUAUUGUCUUCCUUUGCCUGAGGUCGCCGCGGGCUGCGCUCUUCCCAGCGUCUGUGCCAGGCCCCCGCUGCGCCUCUGGAACGUCUCCGACUUUGGGCAGCGUCUCCGGAUCAGCACCUGCAUCCGUUUGCUGCUCAGAGCGGUCGCGGCCGCGGGGCAGGGUCCGCGCGGCGGCCGCGGUGGACGGGACGGCGGGAAGCUCGUGGGGGCCGCGCGGGCGGAGCGCGCGCACGUGUCGGAGCGUGAGCCCGAGCCCUCGAGAAGGUCCCGAGCCCUCGAGAAGGUCCCGAGUCCGCGGGAAGGUCCCGAGCCCUCGAGAAGGUCCCGAGUCCGCGAGAAGGUCCCGAGACCGCGAGAAGGUCCCGAGUCCGCGAGAAGGUCCCGAGUCCGCGAGAAGGUCCCGAGUCCGCGAGAAGGUCCCGAGUCCGCGAGAAGGUCCCGAGUCCGCGAGAAGGUCCCGAGUCCGCGAGAAGGUCCCGAGACCGCGAGAAGGUCCCGAGCCCUCGAGAAGGUCCCGAGUCCGCGAGAAGGUCCCGAGUCCGCGAGAAGGUCCCGAGUCCGCGAGAAGGUCCCGAGUCCGCGAGAAGGUCCCGAGACCGCGAGAAGGUCCCGAGCCCUCGAGAAGGUCCCGAGUCCGCGAGAAGGUCCCGAGUCCGCGAGAAGGUCCCGAGCCCUCGAGAAGGUCCCGAGUCCGCGAGAAGGUCCCGAGUCCGCGAGAAGGUCCCGAGUCGCGCGGCUCGGAUCGGUGACUCCGUCCGCGGCGGCGCGGCGCGGUCCGGCUGAAGCCCGGUCGGUCCUCACCGCACGGCCUUCUUCCCGCCGCCCCGGGGGCGCCGACCGCGGCUCCGCCCCGCAGCCGUGCCCGGGUCGCGGGCCGGGCUGGUCCUCGCGGCGGCCGCGGCCUCACGCGGCGACGUUCCCUCCGGUCCCGCCCGGACCGGACCCGACGGCGCCCGAGCCCCGCGCGCAGGAGCACGGACGGCCGAGCGCGCCCGCCGGGUCCCGCGUCCGCCGCGACCUUCGCACCCGACACCGGCCUCCCCGGGCCCCGCCCGGCUUCCCGGGAGACCGAGCCGCGGCGGUCCGGGGUCACGUGCGGGCCGCGCCGAGCGACCGGAAACACGUGCGGAACCCGGAACCGGAACCGGAAGUCGGAACCGGAACCGGAACCGCGCCCCGGCGCCCGCGCGCACGCGCCCCGCGCGCAGGAGGAAACGGCGAGGCUCCCGGGAGGGGCGGGCCGUGGCGCGGAGACGUGUCUGGGCACCGGGAGCUUGACCUGCGCGCGGGCCUCCCGGACCCGUGUGGACGGACCGACCCCGGCGCCGGCUCCUGCCCUGGGCCGCCGCGCGCCGGCCGGGGGCGAAGUCCCAGCGGCCCGCCCCGUCCUUCCGCGGCUCCGUCCCGGCGGCUCCGCUCUCGUCCCCCCCCCGACCCCCCGCACCCCCCGACCCCCCGCACCCCCCGACCCCCCGCACCCACCCCCAUCGCGCCGCCUCGGCCGCGGGGCGCAGAGGUCGCAGAGUCCCCGCCCCCGUCGCCCCCGUCGCCCCCGCGGCGCCCACCACCGCCCUCCGGCCCGCCGCGGUAG